UCUGAACGAGAAGCACAAGCAUUUCGCUACACUCGCAUUAACAUCUGCUAACCAUGUGUAUGUGACAAAUACAAUUUGAUUUGAUUUGAUACUAGCAUUUUCCAAAAAUGGGUAUAUAUCAUUUUGGAAGGAAACGUUUCUCAUGUUUCUCCAUCUGAGCUUAGAGUAAAUGAGAUUCCUAAUGUUUGUCUCUGUUGUGUUGAAGUCCAAUCAAGCAGGAGAGACCAGCCUCCCCUGUACCCAGCUGUGUGUCCAUGACUAGUGACUGUUCUAAGCUUGAACCUAUACAGUUUAGAGAGGGAUACUUUUCUACUGAAAAAAGUCCAGAACUCCCAGAAGACUCUGAGAGUCAGAGGGAGGAUGAGGAAGUGGUGAAUGCUGAAGACGAGAAGCAGGAGAGCAGUGCCAUAGAGAGGGACAUUUCUGACACACUGGAGAAAAAUUCAGAUGCGCUUGCUGUGAUUUGCCAACGUGAACUCAAACUUAAUCUAAAGAAGAAGUUUCAAUGUAUAUUUGAGGGGAUCGCUCAACAAGGAAACCCAACACUUCUCAAUAAGAUCUACACAGAGCUCUACAUCACAGAGGGUGGAACAGGAGAGGUCAAUAAUGAACAUGAGCUGAGACAGAUUGAGACAACAACCAGGAAACAAGCAAGACCAGAGACUGCAAUCAAAUGUAACGACAUAUUCCAACCCUUAACUGGACAAGACAAACGUAUCAGAACUGUGUUGACAAAGGGAGUCGCUGGCAUUGGAAAAACAGUCUCUGUGCAGAAGUUCAUUCUGGACUGGGCUGAAGGAAAAGCAAAUCAGGAUGUCCAAUUUGUUUUUUCAUUCCCUUUUCGGGAGCUGAAUUUGAUGAAAGAGGAAAAACACAAUUUGAUUGAACUUCUCAAUCACUUCUCAACAGAAAUUAAAGAAUCAAGAAUCUCCAACUAUGACAAGUACAAAGUUCUGUUCAUCUUUGAUGGUCUGGAUGAGUGCCGACUGCCCCUAGAAUUCCAGAAAAACAAGAUCUGUUGUGACAUCACAGAGUCAACCUCAGUGGAUGUUCUGCUGACAAAUCUCAUCAAGGGAAACCUGCUUCCCUCUGCUCUCCUCUGGAUAACUACCCGACCUGCAGCAGCCAAUAAGAUCCCUUCAGAGUGUAUUGACCAGGAUACAGAGGUACGAGGGUUCAAUGACCCACAGAAGGAGGAGUACUUCAGGAAGAGAUUCAGUGAUGAGGACAUGGCCAGCAGUAUCAUCUCACACAUAAAGACAUCAAGGAGCCUCCACAUCAUGUGCCACAUUCCAGUCUUCUGCUGGAUUUCGCAAUAG